CCCGCUAAUAUACGUCAGUGAUCUGCAGACAGCGCAUGCGCAGGUGAGCACCGUGUACGGCACCGCCAAAGUGACAACAACCGCCGCCGUUUGGUCGGCGAGUGUCCGUCCGCCGGGCCCCGCAACCAGACCCAGACCCGGUCAGGCUUUCACACCCAGAGCAGGAACUGCAUGAUCGGAGCCACGUCUAUGAGACCCGACGGUACCGAGCCGAGUCCACCGAACCGGCCCAGCUGCUCCCAGAGUCUCCGCUACAGUCCAGAGAGGCAGACACCGGCAGUUGCGGGCCGCCUUCCCGGAGAACCAGGGGAUCCCCGCCGCUAGCAGCUCCGCAGCUAACAGGCUAACGGCACCAUGUCCUCCUCCCGCUGACCCGAACCGAACCAACGAAGCGACUCCCAGCUGCAGACCGCGGAGCUAAUUUCCAGCCAAGCCUCCGCGGCCCCUCCGCGGGACGGCCAAGGAUGAUGGCGGGGACCGGGUCCGCUUCGGAGGAUCGUCCCGGCCCCGCCGGAUCCGGGGCUCGCUUCAUGUAGCCCGGCCUGCCGUGCCGGUCCGGCCCGCCGCGGGGCUCCAGCUGCCGGCCCGGGCCGCAGACAUGCAGGCCGCCCAGCCGCAGUACGACUUCUUCAGCGAGGACAACGCCGGAAAGUGGAGAGGCCUGCUGGUUCCGGCCCUGGAGAAGGUGUUGUACCAGGUGCAUCCUAACCUGAAGUCCCAGCAGGAGGCGCUGCAGUAUAUCGAGGACCUGAUCCUGCAACUGCUCAGCAUGCUGUGUCAGGCUCAGCCGCGCACCGUGCAGGACGUGGAGGAGCGGGUCCAGAGGAGUUUCCCUCACCCCAUCGAUAAGUGGGCGAUCGCCGACGCUCUGGCUGCCAUCGAGAAGAAGAAAAGGAAGAACCCGCUGGCACUUCCUGUCGACAAGAUCCACCCCCUGCUCAAGGAGGUGCUGGGCUAUAAACUCGACCAUCAGGUCUGCGUCUACAUGGUCGCCGUUCUGGAGUAUAUCUCGGCAGACAUCUUGAAGCUGGCGGGGAAUUACGUCAGAAACAUCCGCCAUGAUGACAUCACCAAGCAGGACAUCACUGUGGCGAUGUGCGCCGACAAGGUUCUGAUGGACAUGUUCCACCAGGACGAGGAGGACAUGGGUCUGUUCCCGCUGCUGGACGAGGAGCCGUCGGCCAAUGAGGAGCAGCGAUACUGCGACCUGGUCCGGAGCUUCCUGGCUGACGGACACCAGUACCUGAGGCAGCUGCACCUGCUGCUCAAGGUGUUCAGGGAGCCCUUCGCCUCCUGCCCCACCCUCUUCUCCACACAGGACGUGGACAGCAUCUUUGGCCGCCUGGUGGACAUCCAGGAAGUGACGGUGAAGCUGCUGGGCCUGCUGGAGGACACGGUGGAGAUGACGGACGAGGGCAGCCCCCACCCACUGGUGGGCAGCUGCUUUGAGGACCUGGCAGAGGAGUUGGCCUUUGACCCCUAUGAGGCGUAUGCUCAGGAAGUCCUGCAUCCUGCCUUCCACGAUCACUUCCUGGAUUUGGUGACCAAACCUGGAGCCUCCGUCCAUCUGCAGUCCAUCUGUGAGGGAUUUAAAGAAGCCGUCCGCUACGUCCUGCCCAGGCUGCUGCUGACCCCCGUCUACCACUGCCUGCACCUGCUGGACACACUCAAGCAACUGGAAGAGCGCAGCGAGGAUGAGGAGGAUAAGGAGUGUCUUCGUCAGGCCAUCACGGCGCUGCUGAACCUGCAGAGCAGCUUGGAGAGGAUCUGCUCCAGGAGCCUGGCCAAGCGGAGGCUCAGCGAGCCGGCCUGCCGGCUCCACAGCCAGCAAGUAAAGAGUAAGCACCUGGCCAUCAGGAGGAUGAAGGACGUCCAGCGGAGCAUCGACGGCUGGGAGGGUAUGGACAUCGCCCAGUGCUGUAAUGAGUUCAUCAUGGAGGGCACGUUGAGCCGCGUCGGUGCCAAGCACGAGCGCCACAUCUUCCUCUUCGACGGUCUGAUGAUCAGCUGCAAGGCUGGCCACGCGCCGCCGCGGCUGCCCGGCGCCGCCGCCGCCGAGUUCCGCCUCAAGGAGAAGUUCCUGAUGCGGAAGGUCCGGGUGGUGGACCGGGAGGACCGGGACGGCGAGUGGCGCCACGCCUUCGAGGUGGCGCCGAAGGACGGCGGCGGCGUGCUGUUCGCCGCCAAGUCAGCGGAGGAGAAGAACGGCUGGAUGGCGGCGCUGGUGUCGCUGCAGUACCGCGGGACGCUGGAGCGCAUGCUGGACCAGGCGCUGCUGCAGGACGAGGAGCAGCAGAUGCGGCUACCGUCGGUCCAGCGGUACCGCUUCGCCGAACCCGACUCGGACCAGAACGUUGUGUUUGAGGACAGCGUCCAGUCUAAGUCUGGCAUCCCCGUCAUUAAAGCCGGGACGGUCCUGAAGCUCAUCGAGAGGCUCACCUUCCACCUGUAUGCAGAUCCAAACUUUGUCCGGACCUUUCUGACCACGUACCGGUCCUUCUGCCGGCCUGGGGAGCUGCUGGACCUGCUGGUGGAGAGGUGAGCUCAUCUGGCCUCAUGAGCCAAUCAGAACCUCCACAACUCAGUGACAUCACACAGACAGCAGGUGUCAAUGUGGAGCCUGAACCCAGUCUUCCUCUGAAGUGGUUCUUGUCC